UUUAAAUUAUUGUGGGAAAAUGCCAGCAAGAAAACGGAAGAGAGAAGAAGCAGGUCUGACAGACUUUGACCAGAGUAGUGAGAAACGAUCAAAUAUGACCCAAGAAUCUGAGAUGCCUGUAGUUCCCUUGAACUAUUACUAUCGAAGCAAGUUGAUAGACUUCCAUUCUAACCUCAGAAAUUACAGAAACAUGAAGGAAUUGAUGGAUGUUGUUUUUGAAGCAAAUCAUGGGAAUAAGGUCCUUUGUGACAGUCUAGUCCUUCUAAUCCUUAGAAACUCAGGCCUCGAUCCUGAAGAGAAAUCAACUCUCAAGAUAGUCGAAUGUGCGAAUCAAGAUACCCUUACUCAAGAAGAGAUUGAGAGCGAGAAUAUUUCAGAAGACAACAGCCAGGUUAUAGACUUUUGGCACUCGCUUACUGAAAAGUCAGAUUACUAUAUAAAAUUCAAGCAGUUAUUCAGCAUCUUGGUUUUCUCCUGUAUCGAAGAGGAAAAGACAGGAGAAGAGAGGAUUAAAGCAAUACAGGAGCUACUCUUUAGUCUGAUAACAUUCAGUAAAGUCAACUUCAGAUUUCUCAGAAUUGCCAAUUCAGUGGCGUUCAAUUCUCUUUUUAGAGGCCUUGUUGCUAACUUUGAAGAAAUCGUGCAGGAUAUCAAGACUUCAAAGUCUAAGAAAAAGAGAAAGGUGAAGGAGAACCAGAGAUUAAAUACCCUGAAGGAGGUUAGAGAAAGUUUGGUCCAAUGCCUUGCUUGCUGCUUUGAAUACCUAUUCUUGAAGCAUUAUCAUGAUAUCUCGCCUAUAAUUAGAGAGCAGAUCUUUGAUUCACUGUCCCUGUUCUAUAAUAGGGUUGACUUUGAUGUACCUAAUGAGUUUGAAAUUGAAGAUUUUUGAAUGGACAAAGUCUUUUUCUUUGCCUUGAAGGAAGCCGAAAAAUCAGUAAAAUUCAAAGCGCUUGAAUUUUGAGAUGUUUACCUACGCAAAAGAGCUGAAAAUAAAAAUCAGAGCAAAGACCAGAACUUUGAUGAAGAGGUUUUUCAAAUCAUUCUUAGUAGGCUACUUAAGGAGGGAGCUAGCAACCAAGCGAUGACCAAGGGGUCGAUGUCGGAAUCUAAGCUUAUCAGCCCAGUGCUUACCCAAAUUCUCGCUAAGCUAUGAGAGUAUAACCCAAGCUUGAAGAAAGAUAAGAAUUUUGAAAGGCUGAAGAAGAUGGCAAUAUUUAGUCCAACAAUGCUUGGCAAGCAAAUUCUUCAGAUUAUCUCGAAGGAAGCAGGCUUGAAAGUUCUAAGACUUGAGAUCCAAGAAGAUAUAGGUGAAACUCAUAUUCCUUCAGCUCAAGAUUUCAGUAAGAACUUUGAGAAGAUUUGAAAUUUUCUAAAUGAUAAAUGUCUUAAAGACUACAGCCCAAAGGAAGUUGGAGAAGGAUUCUGUAAUUUGAUGCUUUUGUGAGGAGACUUGACUCUAUUCAAUUUCAAGUUAUAUGCUUCUAACAUUGAAGAGUUCCAGAAGAAACUCUCAAAAUCCAAAAAGAAAGCUUCUAAGACCUUAGAACUUCCUGAAAUACUGAUGUAUUGUCUCAGACACUCAUGAUUAGUAUUCAAGAAAAUUAUUAAGAAGAAGAACGAUGAAAAUACUAAUCCAGAAGAGAAGGAAUAUUAUGAUAAGAUUGAUAAUUCUCUAAACUCUGACUUGCUCGAGAUUUUAUCUAUUAUCUUAUCUACCUACAAAGUUGAUGAUCCAAUCCUUAUUCCAGCCAUAAAGAUCUUUGAUGCUAUAAAUUUUAAACUGAAUACUGAUAACUUACCUGAGUCUGAUUUGGCAAAAACAGUACUAGAGAGUUUGUUAGAAAUCAAUGACAUCGACGUGAGCUUCAGCAAACAGAAGCAAGACUAUCGCAGAUCAGUCCUCUCUGCCAUCGGCAAGCUCUCGUUCAUUCCAGCUUGAACCAGCCUGGUCAAGUCCAAGAUCGGUGGGUUCAUAGCAGAGUUCCUCAGAGCCUUCGGUGAGUACGAGGCCAACGACCGCAGCUAUGAUGAAAACAAAGACGCGUUCUGUAGCCUGGUCACGCGGACGGCCGACCUGGUGACUUUUGACAUGCUUCAGACCCACAAGGCAGAAGGACUCAAGCUGUACCACAAGUUCCUGGGAUUCUUGAGCGCAUUCGUGGUGAGGAACUAUGAAGAGUUUGAGGAGGACUUUGUGACAGAGCUGGGAAGCACAGUCAACACUAUGUACUUGUGGCUUAUGUCCUUUAUAAUCUCUAAAGUUGAAAAGAAUGUUGAUGACUUAGAGCAAGAGUACUCAGAGCUAAAUAGUCUAUUCGAAAGUACUCUAGCAUUUUAUCGAACUACUUUUGAAGAAUUUAACAAGACCAAGAUAGACACAAACUUACUUGAAGAUAGAGAUGAUCAAGCUUCUGAGAAUGAUAAUCAAGAAGAAAUAGAGAGAGCUAAGAAGAUCACAAGAAUCCAUAAAUCUUACUUACAAUGGCUCACUGACUUCUGAGUAAAGUCCUCCAACGAUGCUCUUGGAAUGAAGUAUCCAAGAAUUUAUCAAGAAAUCAGUAAGGAAUCUAUCUCAAAUUUAUCUCAUCUGGUGAUUAUCUGUUCACAAAGAUAUAAGAAAGAAGUUGCUGAGAAUUUUGCAAGACUGCUUCAGAGUAACACCAAUCUUUUUGCAUCUCCUCUUGGGCAUACUUACUUCUCAGUCUUUGGAGAUCCAAGAGUUAUAGUUGAGAGAGAAAUUCAAAAAUCAGUUUUCUCUAUAAUCAGAUUCUAUAAGGAGAAAGAGAAAGACAAGUCCCAACCUAAAGGCAAAAUGGCUAGUGUGCAAGUCUGGAGUAUCUUCAUCCUAAUGAUCAUGAAUGAGUACACUAUUGGGAGGCCAGCCAUCGAAAAUAUUGAGAGCUUGAGACCCACCCUGAUUCAGAAGGAGCUAGAUCACAUCCCAAGUGAGAAAAUUUCGAAUUACAUCUGCUGCUCCAAAAUUGUCAACGUGAUUGUUGAGUUCUUAAAGAAGUUAGGCAACCCAAAAACAAAGGAAAGAGAAGCUAUUAUUUUCCUCAAUACCUUCUUCUUUAUUUGAAAUGGAGGACCAGAAAGAAGAGAAACUCUCCCAUGUCUCUUCUCUAUAUUAAGAUUCAGGAAGAUACUAAACAUGAGACAGUUAGGACGUUUCAGGCAAUACUUUGAAAAGAUGGAGACCAAGUACACAGAGCCCCAAUUUAUCGUUAUUCUAAAUGCCAUAAAAUCAGUCUUCAACGACAAUGCUGACAAGUUUGGUAAAGUUGAGGCUCCUGAACAGCCAGAAAGCCAGUCUUCCCAACCUGAGCAAAACUCUCAGGCUACAUCUAACAAGAAGAAGAGACCAAGCGAUGACAGCCAGAUGCUCCAAGUAGAAUCCUCAUUGCAGAAGGAAGUUAAAGUAGAAUAAUCUAUGCAACGC